GCCUGCUCGGCUCAUCCCCGCGGAAGCAGUCGCGGCGGUGAAUAGGGGGGGAGGGGGGACCCAGCUGAUUCGGGCACUGCACAGCGGCCACGCGGCAUGGCCAAGAGGUGGUGGUGGUGGCGGCGGCUCUGUGGCCUCCAGGGCCCGCGGGCCUCCUGCCCGUCCGGCCCGCCAGUCCUGGCCGCCCUGAGUCUCGCGUCUAUCGCAUGCCUCCUACAGCCAGCCACAGGCCUGCGCUGCGUGUGCCAGCUGUGUGCGCGCAGCAAUUUCACGUGCGAGACCGACGGCCUCUGCCUCGUGUCCGUCACGCACACCCCGGACAACGGGAUGGCGUACAUACGAGUGUGCAUCCCGGCACGUGACCUGCAGCCACCCGACCGGCCGUUCUUCUGCGCCCGCUCGGCCCCGCCAAGCAGAACGCGCUGCUGCAACACCGACUUCUGUAACGACGUCGACCUGAGCCUGUCGGACCCAGCCGAAGAGCGUGAGGCCGACUCGGAAUUUGGGCCGCUGGAGAUGGUGGUGGCAGUGGGGGUGCCGGCCUGCCUGCUCUGCCUGCUUGUCACGGCCGGCCUGUGCAUCCUUCGGGGACACCGGGGUACCCGUAGGGCCCUGCACGUGCCGCUGCACACCAAGGAGCCGCUGCCGCUGGAGCAGGUGUUCAUCGACGAGGGAACGAGCAUCCGUGACCUCUACGACAACACCACCACCGGCUCAGGCUCUGGCCUGCCGCUGCUGGUGCAGCGCACCAUCGCGCGCACGAUCAUGCUGCAGGACAGCAUCGGCAAGGGCCGCUUCGGCGAGGUGUGGCGCGGCCGGUGGCGCGGGGAGGACGUCGCCGUCAAGAUCUUCUCGUCGCGCGAGGAGCGCUCGUGGUUCCGCGAGGCCGAGAUCUACCAGACAGUCAUGCUGCGCCACGAGAACAUCCUGGGCUUCAUCGCCGCCGACAAUAAGGACAACGGGACAUGGACGCAGCUGUGGCUGGUGUCCGAUUACCAUGAGCUGGGCUCACUCUUUGACUACCUGAAUCGCUUCAGUCUGUCGGUGGAAGAGCUCGUCAAGUUCUCGCUGUCUGUGGCCAGCGGCCUGGCCCACCUUCACAUGGAUAUCGUUGGCACGCAGGGGAAGCCGGCCAUCGCCCAUCGGGACAUCAAGUCCAAGAACAUCCUGGUGAAGCGGAACCGCACGUGCUGCAUCGCAGACCUGGGCCUCGCCGUGCGACACGACUCGACCACAGACUCCAUCGACAUCGCGCCCAACAACCGGGUGGGCACCAAGAGGUACAUGGCACCGGAGGUCCUGGACGAUACAAUCAACAUGAAGCAUUUCGACUCAUUCAAGCGCGGAGACAUCUACGCCUUUGGGCUGGUGCUGUGGGAGAUCUCACGGCGUUGCGUUGUCGGAGGAAUUACCGAGGACUACCAGCUGCCGUACCAUGACAUGGUAUCCCCAGACCCCUCCGUGGACGACAUGCGGAGGGUCGUGUGCGAGCAGAGUCUCCGGCCUAACGUCCCCAACCGCUGGCAGAGCUCCGAGAGCCUGCGCGUGAUGGGGAGAGUGAUGCGCGAGUGCUGGUAUGCCAACGCCUCCGCCCGCCUCACCGCCCUGCGCGUCAAAAAGUCCCUCUCCCAACUCAGCCAACUGGAGGACAUCAAGAUGUAGCCGGUCGGAGGCAAAAAAACUUUACUCUGGGAAGGGAAAAAGAAAAAAAAAAGACAAUCUUUUCUCUCUUGGAUCUGAACGUGGUGUGACCCAAAGUGUGAGUGCCAAUUCCUUUUGCAGCAAUUGGUUAGGCCAUUCAAUAUUCUCCACGCGGCCAACAAGGUAUGGCGGUCUAUUGGGUGCUUGUUUCAGUAUUCAGCACCGGCUGUCCGAGGUACAUUGGUCCCAAUUAGGUGGGACAUUUAUUUUUGCCCAUUUACUGCCAAAGUCGUUUGCUACAUGAGCGGUGAAAGUAGUUGGAGCUUUCACACAUUGCUAGGCUGCAUUGACUCGCGUCAGACUGGACCAGCUCACGGCAACUGCUCACUUUUAAACACUGCAGGCCGCACUACUCAGGACAGCGCUCUGGCCGUUUGGAGGCUGCUGUGACCGUCAAGACUUCACGAGAAACCCUUGAAUGUAAAUGGUGCGUUUGCAUCACCCAUUUUUCUAUCUUUUUUUUAAAAUGUUGCCGAACACGUUACCGAAAAAUAACAUUUGCUGAACAAGUCACUCGCUGUGUAAUUCACGAUCGUGCCUUCAUUGUUUCCGUAACUCAUGGCUAUUGAUGACACGUGCGCGCAAACACACACACACACACGUGCCAUUCACUUGCUAUAUAACAUGUGUUGCCAUUUACAUGCAGGGCUGUAGCUUGGUGGGGAAUCGCCGAUGUUCAAAGCAAAGGGGCAAAAUUCCGUUACUCCCAAACCACAAUUGUUGGGUAUCGAUUGUAGCAGUGCACGGUUACUGUGAAGUAUUAACCUUGAUUGACGCUCCUCCAAGACCGGUUUUAAACCCUUUUAUGAUACGACUGUAAUUAUCGUGUACCUGCAGAUUUUUUUUAUUUUUUUUGGGGGGGGGGGGGGAGGGUUUAUGUUACGAUUCACCUCGUGUUCGCUGUAAGGUUAAUUCUUAUAAUGAGCCCUAAUCCAGCAUAAUUUACGCAGCAGUCGCAGAUGUCGAAAAAUACGAUUGAAGGUGCAAUUUACUUGAAUGAAUGAGAACGGUUUGAUUUAAAUUGUUUACUACGUGUCCUGCAAGUCGGGUCGAGACGAAUGGGGAGGGGGGGGAGGUUGGUGAGGUUGAGUUUGUGUAAUCGCGGCUGUUUUUUAGGAGCCCCGAUGGUGUAUAUAUCGCCGGGGAUGUAAGGUGUUGCAACGUACGCGAGCGAGUGCACUGUCCAAUAAUCCUGUUGAUGCCUCCCGUGCGAUGUUAUUGGUAACGGAGACUGCGACUUGAGGUGUGUCCUAAUAAUUGGGUUACUUGCACCCUGUGAGGGGGUGCGGGUUACAUCCCAACAGUGAUUGAACCCAGCGGUGAUUGUAGAGCCAUUAUUUGUUAUCUGCUGGCCUGUUGUUAUCACUGUGAAGUCGAUGUCAUUGUGAGCUACAACAUGCAAACGCCGUGAAUGACGACAGCAUGAAGUAAAUCUUUAACUUAUCGAGUCGCUUGCUAGAGUAGGCCCAUGAAUGAUGGAAAGACUAAUGGUAAUGAUUUUAAGGCCUGUGUACAAAUUGAUUUUUAAAACUCGCUUAGGGAAGCUGUGGUCGUUUAGCAAUUAUUUCUUUAAUAUUUAUUGCAUUUUUAAGUUGCUGCUAUUCAUCUGUAUAUUUUAUUGAUGUCGCGUGGAUAAAUACUGAAUGUAGCUGCCAAAUGCAUCCCUGCCAAUGUUAAGCAAAGUGGUUUGGUUUGAACUUUUUCCCCGACCGCCCUAGAGAUGCGUCACGUUUCAGCGUGACCUAAUCACACUAUUUUGAAAACGAGAAAAUCUGUUUUAGAAGCGUUAUAAAGAGUAGAUAUUUUUUUAAAAAAAUGUUUUUUUUUUAAACUAAAGCCAGUGUUAAGUGUGUGGUGCUUUAUUAAGUGUUAGAAAUUCUAAGUCGGUCUGAGUGGCGGGCUUCGUGAUCAAUUACAUUGAAUAAAUUGCGCAAAUGGGAUGCAGUAAGAUUGGCAGGCCCUGUGGAAUUUUAAUUACAGCUCGCCAAUCAAUGCCAAAGCUUAUUUUUUUUGGGUAGUGCGGGGUUAGGGGAAGAAAGUGCAAUUGUUUGUAAACAGAUAAGUAUCGUGAUCUUGGGAAAGCUCAACAUAUAUUCCAGAGAUUAUAUCAGAGGCAUAUACGUUUACUUGUGGGUUUGUUGUAAGUGUAAUAGGUGUUUUUUGUGGCUUUAAUAUGUUGGAAGCAGCUGCUUAAAUGUUGAUGAAUAAAUAAAACCAAUGCGAUUAAAUAUA